AUGGAGGAGACUGAGCUCACCAAGGAAGAGCCUUUUCGCGAAACAUUGACUGUGAAUGGAGGAGCAAAGACAUUUGAACUUGACACGGGCUGUGGAGUGACGGUGAUGAACAGCGAGGAGUUUGCAGAUCUGUGGGAAGAAGAAGGGGUGCUCAGUCAGUACGACAGGGUCUUCAAGGAGGAAUUGGGGAGACUGAAUGAGGCCCCAGCCAAAAUAUAUGUGGACAAAGAGGCAGCCCCCAGGUUCUUCAAACCCAGAACAGUCCCGUAUGCAAUGAGAGCCAAAGUGGAGGCCGAGAUUGAGCGUUUGGUGCAACAGAAAAUAAUGCAGCCUGUUAAAUAUGCGGAGUGGGCCGCUCCGAUUGUACCAGUGUUAAAACCUGACAACAGUGUGAGAAUCUGUGGGGAUUAUAAACUGACAGUAAACAGAGUGUCCAAAUUGGAGCAAUAUCCUAUACCAAAAGUCGAAGAUUUAUUCGCUAGUCUAUCAGGGGGGCAGAAGUUCACCAAGCUAGACAUGAGCCACGCAUACCACCAGAUCCCUUUGGAGGAGGAGUCAAAAAAAUAUGUGACCAUAAACACCCACAAGGGGUUGUUCACGUAUAAUGUGUUGCCUUUCGGGGUCUCAUCGAGCCCGGCUAUAUUUCAACGCACUAUGGAGGGGGUACUUCAGGGCAUACCAAAGGUGGCAGUUUUUUUGGAUGACAUCCUCCUGACGGGACGAAAUGACCAAGAGCACCUUCAGACCCUGGAGGAAGUGCUAAAAAGAUUGGACCAGGCUGGAUUGCGCUUGAGGAGGAACAAGUGCAUGUUUAUGAGCAGGGAAGUUAUUUUCCUAGGUCACAAGGUGGACUCCACAGGGUUGCACCCGGUACAUGAUAAGGUGGCAGCAAUCCAGGACGCUCCUGCCCCGACUUCCGUGACGGAAUUAAAAGCCUAUUUAGGUUUAUUGAACUACUAUACAGGUUUUUUGCCAAACCUAUCUACAAUUCUGGCCCCAGUCCACAAGCUACUCAGGAAGGACACCAAGUGGCAGUGGGGAAAGGAACAGGUAGAUUCUUUCCAACAUUCAAAGCAAUUAAUGCAGUCAGCAGAGGUGUUGGUCCACUAUGACCCAGAGAAAGACCUUGUCCUAUCUUGUGAUGCUUCCCCACACGGGGUGGGUGCCGUGCUUUCUCACCGAAUGCCAAACGGGACUGAGAGGCCUAUAGGGUUUGUGUCUUGCACGCUAAACUCAGCUGAGAGGAACUACUCGCAACUUGACAAAGAAGGUUUGGCUGUCAUUUUCGGGGUAAACAGGUUCCAUAAGUACAUUUUUGGCCGGCCGUUCACUAUUGUGACAGAUCACAAACCCCUGUUGUCACUUUUUGAUGAGUUAAAAACAGUCCCACAGAUCGUGUCCCCCCGUAUUCAACGUUGGGCUGUAACAUUAAUGGCUUAUGAAUAUCACAUCAUCUACAAGGCUGGAAAAUAUCAUGGAAAUGCAGAUGCAUUGAGCCGUCUGCCUCUGCCGGGGAACCUGGGUCCCAGUGUACCAAAGGAGAGAGUGCUCAUGUUGGAGACGUCAGACAUCACACUUGUGACCGCAGAGCAGGUGCGUACGUGGACCACAAAGGACCCUGUGCUCUCAAGAGUGAGAGAGAUGGUACAGAGAGGUUGGCUGCCGGAACAAGAGGGGUCUGAUUUUGCACCUUUCACCGCUCGAAAGAAUGAACUGAGUGUGGAAAAUGGAUGUGUAAUGUGGGGUGCCAGAGUGGUUGUUCCAAAGAAGGGACAGGCAGAUCUACUGAGACAGCUGCAUCAAAGCCAUCCAGGUAUUUCUAGAAUGAAGUCAUUAGCACGGAGCUACGUGUGGUGGCCUAAGAUGGAUCAAGAUGUGGAGAACACUGUUAAAGCCUGCAGUGUUUGUCAGGAAUACAGAAAUGUUCCAGCAGUGGCCCCAUUGCACCCCUGGGAAUGGCCAGACAGACCCUGGCAGAGAGUACAUGUGGAUUACGCGGGGCCCUUCAUGGGAAGAAUGUUUUUCAUUCUGAUCGAUGCCCAUUCUAAAUGGAUGGAAGUAUAUCCAGUGAACUCUUCUACAUCCACGGUGACGAUUGAGUGCCUUCUAAAAUGUUUCAGUACUCAUGGUUUGCCAGAGAUUUUGGUUUCGGACAAUGCAACAAGCUUUGUUAGCACCGAGUUUAAAGAGUUCAUGAUGAAAAAUGGCAUUUCACAUGUGACCUCAGCACCUUAUCAUGCUUCCACUAAUGGUCUGGCAGAGCGCGCAGUACAGAUUUUCAAGCGCCUAAUGAACAUGAGUGCAGAGGGAAGCCUGGAGACUAGGGUGUCUAGAGCUUUAUUUAGUUACAGAGUGACACCGCAGACCACAACGGGCUUGUCGCCUGCUGAAAUGUUGUUGGGAAGGAAGCUGCGAUGCACUCUUGAUUUGAUCCAUCCAGAUAUGGCAUGCAGGGUGAUGAAUAAACAAGAGAAGCAGAAGAACGUACAUGACAGAAGAGCUAAAGAAAGAGGCUUUAAAGUGGGUGAUUCAGUGCAGGUCAUAAAUUACAGUCAUGGACCAAAAUGGGUCCCCGGAUUCAUAGAGACGGUGACUGGCCCAGUGUCAUAUACAGUGAUGCUGGGGGAUGGUGAGCCUGCUGUGCUGGGAAGCAGGGCCCCGGACGACCAGGUCAGGGAGAGUAUCGGUCCCGAUGGUGUGGAGGAAGGAACUGCUGCUGCUGCGGGGCAACCAGGGACUGCCGCUGAACCCGCAGAGACUGAAGCACUUGGGGUCUCGCAAUCUGGCCCAGAAAACACAGGGCAUAUAGAAGCCCAGUUCCAGCUGAGGGGAAUAACCCAGGAUGUAACAAAAUACUACCAUGUGGUGUCGGCUUUGGACGCUGCAACAACAGCACGUGCAAUGAUGCUGCUGGAAGAUCCACCCGAGCAGGGGAAGUACGAGGCUCUGAAGACGUUCCUGCUUAAAUUAUACGAACUGUCGGAGUUGGAGAAGGCGGACCGUUUGCUGUCUCUCAACGGCCUCGGUGAUGGGAAACCAUCAGAGCUGAUGGAGAGGAUGUUGGCUGUUCUGGGAUCAGCUGACCCAUCCUUCCUCUUCACACACCUUUUCCUGCGCCAGCUUCCGGGGCCAGUUCGCACAGCUCUGGCCAGUAACCCUCUCUCCUCCACCAAGGACUACCGCGGCUUGGCGGCAGAGGCGGACAGGGUUUUCCUGGCCAACAGGCAGCAGUUUAUCCACGCACUGUUGCCGCAGCAGCACGCUUCAACACCAUUUUCUCCCAUGGAGGAGGACAUGGACACCGCAGCGGCGGUGAUGGGCCGCCGCCAGACCGACGACGGGCUCUGCUACUACCACGCCAGAUUUGGAGCCAAGGCUAAACAGUGUCGCAAACCCUGCAGUUUCAAGCAGCCGGGAAACGCCAGGGCCGGCGCUCGUUAG